AUGAGCGGGGUGUGGGGGGCCGGAGGGCCUCGGUGCCAGGCGGCGCUCGCGGUCCUGGCCUCGCUGUGCCGGGCCCGGCCGCCCCCUCUCGGGCUGGACGUGGAGACUUGUCGGAGCUUCGAGCUACAGCCCCCCGAGAGGAGUCCGAGCGCGGCCGACACAGGCACCUCUGUCAGCCUCCUCGCAGUGGUAGUUAUUGUGUGUGGCGUGGCCUUGGUGGCAGUUUUUCUCUUUCUCUUUUGGAAGCUGUGCUGGACGCCCUGGAGGAACAAGGAGGCCUCCAGUCCCGCUUCUGCUAACCCUCCCCCGGAGGCCCCCCAGAGCCCCAGCUCAAGAGGCAACAUGGCUGACAAGCUGAAGGACACCAACAGCCUGGGCUUCCUAGAGGCGGCUGUGAAGAUCAGCCACACAUCCCCAGAUAUCCCGGCCGAGGUGCAGAUGUCGGUCAAGGAGCACAUCAUGCGUCACACGCGGCUGCAGCGACAGACCACUGAGCCCGCAUCCUCUACCAGGCACACGUCCUUCAAGCGCCACCUGCCGCGGCAGAUGCACGUCUCCAGCGUGGACUACGGCAACGAGCUCCCGCCGGCGGCCGAGCAGCCCACCAGCAUUGGCCGGAUCAAGCCCGAGCUCUACAAGCAGAAAUCCGUGGACGGCGACGAGGCCAAGUCCGAGGCCGCCAAGAGCUGCGGGAAAAUCAACUUCAGCCUGCGCUACGACUAUGAGAGCGAGACCCUAAUCGUGCGCAUCCUGAAGGCCUUCGACCUCCCCGCCAAAGACUUCUGUGGCAGCUCUGACCCCUACGUCAAGAUCUACCUCCUGCCCGAUCGCAAAUGCAAGCUGCAGACGCGGGUGCACCGCAAGACCCUGAACCCCACCUUCGACGAGAACUUCCACUUCCCGGUGCCCUACGAGGAGCUGGCCGACCGCAAGCUGCACCUCAGCGUCUUCGACUUCGACCGCUUCUCCCGCCACGACAUGAUCGGAGAGGUCAUCCUGGACAACCUCUUUGAGGCCUCCGACCUGUCCCGGGAAACCUCCAUCUGGAAGGACAUCCAGUACGCCACGAGUGAAAGCGUGGAUCUGGGAGAGAUCAUGUUCUCGCUGUGCUACCUGCCCACAGCAGGCAGGCUCACGCUCACAGUGAUCAAAUGUCGGAAUCUCAAGGCGAUGGACAUUACAGGCUAUUCAGAUCCAUAUGUCAAAGUGUCCCUGCUUUGUGACGGGCGGAGACUGAAGAAGAAGAAAACCACCAUAAAAAAGAACACUCUCAAUCCUGUCUACAAUGAAGCCAUCAUCUUUGACAUUCCCCCAGAGAACAUGGAUCAAGUCAGCCUGCUCAUCUCGGUUAUGGAUUACGACCGAGUGGGCCACAAUGAGAUCAUAGGAGUCUGUCGCGUGGGGACCAAUGCCGAAGGCCUGGGCAGGGACCACUGGAAUGAGAUGCUGGCAUACCCACGGAAGCCCAUCGCCCACUGGCACUCCUUGGUGGAGGUAAAGAAAUCCUUCAAAGAGUGGCAGGACCGGGCUGCCAGCUUUGACAGCGAGAGCUCGUGCCCGUCCCCAAAACCACCUCCCACACCAUGAGCUGCACGGUUGGGCGACACCGAGGGGACUCAGCGGCAUUCCUUUUUGCACCUGUUCAACCGUCCAAACACAGUGUUACACAGGAGCAGCGGCAGCCGUAGCACGAGUCUUAACCGCUCCUGUGUAGGUCAAGGCCAAGACAUUUGUCGAGUGGCCAGACCUGUCUUAGUCUUCUUUGUCUCCCAAGGUGAUGUUUUCUGUGGUUUUCACUUUUUAUGGAUCUGCUGCCAAGAAAAGAAGGGGGGAAAAUCGUUGGAAAGAAAGAAGAGCAGAGAACCCAGAGGCUGGUUCAUAGAAAAUACAGUGUAAAAUAGUCAUCUUUUCGGGGGAGGUGGUUUGAGUUCCUGAAGCUUCGUGUCUCCACCAAGCUCCACAAUCCUGGACAAGAAGGAAGCCGACUGGAGGAAUGGCUGCUUCUGCAGAGGCCUGCUGAAGCGUGCAGACGGGGCCACGAGCCUUUACAAGGCUAGUUAUGACCCUUGGAAGCUCUUCGCUGAUGUGACGCAGAUGGAGAUGAAGACUCCUGGUCCUGCGCUGAAAUCGCCGGGGCUCUCAGGUGUCUGUGCGCCUUCUGCUGUUGUGAGGAUCCCUUCCCCCAUUUCCUUGUUGACUUUCCCCAUGCAUUGAAAUAAAUUGUCUUGAUCCCUCAUGGGAACUUAGCCACUUUCUUUAGGAAUGACUCUGCCAACACUGACAAUGUCCUAUGUGUCCUGACACCCACGGUUAAUGACCACAGUUGUUUGAAAACAGGAUCUUUGUUCUCCGAAAGAAACUUCGUGGUACAGAAAAGAAGGCACCCAUGUUCCAGAAUGACUUCCGUGUUGUACAUAGCUUUAAAAUUCCAUGACGUGUCAAGCAACUGUUUCAAAUGCCUGCAUAAGAUCAAAGAAGAACCCGGAUAAAUUGGUUCUCUGGGGGAAUGUGGAGUUUUAAUCCAGGUCCGAGCUGGAAUCCAUCUUUCUCUGAACAGAAUCUUCUUGAUUGAAACAAAGUCACCUUAAGCAUAUUUCAGCCCCCCUUGACUCUGGGACAAUGUUCAUCUUCAACUUUAGUUCUAUAAAUUACUAAGUACUUCAGUGUUUGUUUCAGUGGUAGUGAAGGUUUUGGGUUUUUUUCUCCUUUAGACCUCUACCUUAGGCCAAAUUCAGUUUAGGAAAAAAUAACGUUUCAAGUGUUCUGCAUUGUUAUAGUACGUUUUUGUUGAGUUUCUAGUGGUCUUCCCAUGAACCCCCCUAUAGCUCAGUUGGUUUGCUUAAUCUCAGUCUGUAUAGCCCUGGUAAAUUCAUGGUGAUGAGUUGCCACUGUAUCUUGUGACUACACAAUGCCAACUUCCAGAGUUGUGUGUGUGUUGACCUGCAAGAGGCGGGUCUGAGGAAGGAUCCCCUUCUGCCAAUGGAAGGUCAAGAAUGGAAAAGCUACUCACACACCUUGUGUCUUAUUCUUUGUAUAUGUCACGUGCUUUAGGAGCAGAAACUCAAUAAAGUAACCCUCACUUUAAGCCAA